AUGGGCGUCGUCAGGGUCCCCGCGAACCGAUACUGGGGCGCGCAGACGCAGCGGUCGCUGCAGAACUUCAAGAUCGGCGGCGAGAAGAUGCCGAUGGAGAUCCUGCGCGCGCUCGCCAUCGUGAAGCACGCCGCGGCGACGGUGAACCAAGAUCUGGGCAAGCUGGACGCGCCCCGCGCCGCCGCCAUUCGCGCCGCCGCGCUCGAAGUCAUCGAAGGCAAACUCGACGAGAACUUCCCCCUCGUCGUGUGGCAGACCGGGUCCGGGACGCAGACGAACAUGAACGUGAACGAGGUGAUCAGCAACCGCGCGAUCGAGAUCAUGGGCGGCGUCGUCGGGAGCAAGUCGCCCGUGCACCCGAACGACCACGUCAACAUGUCGCAGUCGUCCAACGACACGUUCCCCACCGCGAUGUCCGUCGCGACCGCGUACGAGGUCCAGGAGGGUCUGAUGCCCGCGCUUCGCGUCCUUCGCGACGACCUGGACGCCAAGUCGGAGGCGUGGAGCGGGAUCGUGAAGAUUGGCCGGACGCACCUCAUGGACGCGGUGCCAAUCACGCUCGGGCAAGAAUUCGGCGGCUACGCGCAACACGUGCGAAACUCGCUCCUGCGCGCCAAGGCGUCCAUGGUGCAUCUCACCGAGCUCGCGAUCGGCGGCACCGCGGUCGGCACCGGGAUUAACUCGCACCCGGAGUACGCGGAGCGGAUGGCGAGGCAGAUAUCCAAGCUCACCGGGCUGCCGUUCGUCUCCGCGCCGAAUAAGUUUGAAUCGCUCGCCGCGCACGACGCGCAGACGGCGCUCUCGGGGAUGUUGAAGACCAUGGCGCUGUCGCUUCUGAAGAUCUCGAACGACGUCCGCAUGCUCGGCAGCGGCCCGCGCGCGGGGCUCGGAGAGCUCUCGCUCCCCGCGAACGAGCCCGGGAGCAGCAUCAUGCCCGGGAAGGUGAACCCGACGCAGUGCGAGGCGAUGAUGAUGGUGUGCGCGCAAGUCGUCGGGAACGACAUGGGCGUCGCGAUGGGCGGCGCCGCGGGAUCCCACUUUGAGCUCAACGUCGCGAAGCCUCUGAUCGCGUACAACAACCUGCAGAGCAUCAAGCUGCUGUCCGAGGCGAGCGUGAGCUUCGCGGAAAAUUGCGUCCGCGGGAUCGAGCCGAACAUCGAGAGGAUCGACGAGCUCAUGCGGUCGUCGCUCAUGCUCGUGACGGCGUUGAACCCGCACAUCGGGUACGACAACGCGGCGAAGAUCGCGAAGAAGGCGCACGCGGAGGGGAGCACGCUGAAAGAGGCGGGGGUGCGGCUGGGGUUGCUGACGUCCGAGCAGUUCGACGAGUGGGUGCGGCCGGAGUUGAUGACCGCGCCGGAGGUGCCGCCGACGUCGAAGCUGUGA